GUGCUGGUGGCGCUGUAGUCUGUCGCUGCUAUCGUAUUAUAAAUAUCGUCAUAUUAGCUCCUGGUAUCUCAUCAGACAUCCUACGUCGAUGGUUAAAGCAAGGAAAGAAUACAGCUAAAACGUCUCCUGGUACCCGUCUUUACAACAUAUCUUCUAUUUUUCCAGAGUUGACUUCACAAUAUGAUGAUAUAGUUAAUGCAAGCACAGUGGUGAUUGUGAUUGACGUUAAUGACGUUAAAGUGACAAACAAAGCAGGUAACACAGAAAUAUCUGAAUUUCUUGGCAACUGGAACGAAUUCACCACCGCCAUUUCGCAUUCUCGUUUAGCGAAUUCUGACCAAUCUGAAGGUGAUAGUCAUGAGGUUUAUUCCACUACAAUUUAUGGAACUCGUUGGUCCACAGAGCCAAUUCCAAGAUAUGAGUUGCCAGAAGAUGAAAUGCCACCGAAAUGUGCCUAUAAAUUUAUAAAAGACGAACUAGCGCUUGACGGUAAUCCGCUUCUGAAUCUUGCUUCAUUUGUCACCACGUAUAUGGAGGAGGAAGCAGAGAAGUUGAUGGCGGAAAAUCUCUCAAAAAAUUUUAUUGACUAUGAAGAAUAUCCGAUUUCUGUCGAAUUACAAAAUCGUUGCGUUAACAUUAUCUCACGUCUUUUUAACGCGCCAUUGGAUGACCCGAACGCCGAAGCAAUGGGUGUCUCGACCGUGGGAAGCUCUGAAGCGAUUAUUUUGGCCGUGUUAGCAAUGAAGAAGCGAUGGCAAUUAAAAAGACUCGCUGAAGGAAAAUCCACAGAGAAACCAAAUCUAAUUAUGGGUGCUAAUGUUCAAGUGUGUUGGGAGAAGGAGGAUAUGUUCAUUUUAAAACCCGAGAAGGCUGUUGAAUUGGUUGAUGAAAAUACUAUUGGUAUUUGCGCUAUAUUAGGGUCGACUUACACGGGCCAUUAUGAAGACGUGAAACUUUUGAAUGAUCUUCUCAUCGAGAAAAAUAAAGCCGACAAUUUUGAUGUUCCGAUUCAUGUCGAUGCAGCGUCUGGCGGAUUUGUUGCUCCCUUCGUGUAUCCAGAGUUGGAAUGGGACUUUAGACUACCUUUGGUUCGUUCAAUUAACGUAUCUGGGCAUAAAUAUGGCCUGUGCUAUGCUGGUGUCGGAUGGGCAAUCUGGAGAUCAGCCGAAUAUUUACCCAAAGAAUUGAUUUUCAAUAUCAAUUACUUGGGUUCUGAUCAAGCUUCGUUCACUUUGAAUUUCUCUAAAGGCGCAUCACAUGUGAUUGCUCAAUAUUACGUAUUAGUAAGACUUGGACGAAAAGGUUUUACAUCAAUUAUGACAAAUAUCACUAACACAGCUGAUCAUUUGGCUGAACUCUUGGAAAAGACCGGUAGAUUUGAGAUAUUAAGUGAACGUAAUGGUAAAGGUUUGCCACUGGUAGCUUUCCGAUUAAAAACCAAUGCUCAUUAUAACGAGUUUGAUAUUGCCAACCGUAUUCGAGAACGUGGAUGGAUCGUACCGGCAUAUACGAUGGCACCGCAUGCACAAAAUGUUAAAUUAUUAAGAGUAGUUGUACGUGAGGAUUUUUCACGUCAAAGAUGUGAAGUUUUCGUUAAAGAUUUAUUAAACGCCUUGUCUCUUUUGGACAAAUUGGAUGUCAAAAGUAUAAAAGAAAAACGUACCGCAGCGCAACGUUGGACGUUAUUGAAGAACGUUACUCUUGCAUUCAAAGGUCAUAAAGACACAUCCAUUAAACAGAAUACUAUAUGUUAA